CUCGCGCGCAGGAACGAAAACAGAUUGAUGAAUUAGUCAAUGCACUCGUUGGCGACGCACACUCAAGACGCAGUUCUCGGCCAAGUACCGCUGCGUCUGCUAGCAAUGGCGCGCCUGCAUCUCUACCAAGUGAAUUGCCUGUCACACCUCUCAAAGAAGCGGCGAUAGCGGAAUCAUCUGCCACUGCAUCGGUUGCGGUGGUAGGCAUUCAGCAUACACCUACAAACGGUGCAUUCUCUGCGAAACGCGAGACGGUGAUGUAUACAAAAGCGACACAGACAUCGGAUGAUGCAGAACUUGAAGAGGAUACGGAUGAGGACGACUCUGCGCGUGAUGUUGCCGCAGCGGAUGCGGCUGCAGCCCAAGCAACGCUCGCUGCACAAGAAGCACUCAUUGCACAGCUACGAGAAGAGAUUCGUGCAGAGUUACUCGCGAACGAAGAGGAAGAGCGGCAGCGCCGGCUUGAGCAAGAACCACCACCUCCUCCACCGCCUGCUGAGUUGAGCACCGGGAGCAUGAUACAGCGGUAUACAGCGGACGAUACUGAUCUUGAUACGAACGGGCAGGAUGCACAAGUACGACUGGUUGCUCAGCUGAAAAACUCACACUCUGCGCAUCGCAGCAUUACUUAUAUCCACUUUUCACCGAAAUUCCCUGAACUCGUCUUGGCGGCGUAUAGUCGCAACCCAUUGGCUCCGAGCGAAUCAGAUGGUCUGGUUCAAGUGUUUAGUUUGUUGAAGCCUGAUGAGCCAGUGUUCACCUUGACGGCUGGUUCAGAGAUUCGCAUUGCGCAAUUUUCACCAUUUCAUCCACAGCUCAUCUUUGGUGGUGCUUAUUCUGGUCAAGUCCUUAUUUGGGAUACGAGAACACCCGGUCUACCGAUCCUCAAAUCACCUCAAACUGCUGGACGUGGGCACAGUCAUCCAGUCACAGCCAUGCAACUCGUUGGAACCAGACAUGCACACAGUCUUGUGAGUAUCGCAGCAGAUGGCACAGUCUGUUCCUGGUCCCCUGAUGUCCUUGCAAAGCCACAAGACUUUCUACAACUACGCAACCUACCGCCUGCGAAACUCGACGACAUUGCGCCGACGGGCAUUGCAGUGGAUGCAACAGACUCAACACGCUUCUUGAUGUCCACUGAAGAAGGUCAUCUUGUGCGUGUUCAUCGACAAGAUCGAGCAGAUGCAAAAGCGGGUGUCGAUCCACGUAUCGUGUAUCGUGGACAUCUAGCGUCCAUCACAAAUCUCGAUCCACAUCCAGCAGCGGCGCAACCAGCACAGCAGAGUCAAGCUGGUGGUCUAGCUGGGUGGGUUCUGACAAGUUCGCUGGAUUGGAGUGUGAAGCUAUGGAAUACAACACCCACGACGCGUGCGGUCGGGACAAUUGCUGUGUCGUCACAACAUCCCUAUGGCGCAACAGACGACGUACCCAUGAUUGUGGUAUCACCCAUCAUGGAAUUUCCCAAUACACAACCCGUCUAUGAUGUGCAUUGGUCACCGCAUCGACCGGGAGUCUUUGCACAAGUUGAUGGUGCUGGUGAACUGCAGAUUUGGGAUCUAUGUCAAGGUUCAGAAGUACCCGUGAGUCGUAUAACGCCGGGAUUGGGUCCAGGUGAGCCUGCAAGGGCGCUGAAUAGACUUGCAUGGGAGAUGGAGCAUGGGAGGCGGAUUGCAGUUGGUGGGUUGGACGGCAUCUUGAACGUCCUGGAUAUCGGUGAGCUAGGUGGUCCAGCCACUCAAGAGGAAUGGUCGACCCUCACAACGCUGAUUGAAAGGAUGCAAUGACUUCUAAAUAGACGUAAGGAUGCCAUAUGCUGUCACUGCAUGACUCAAUGCCGGCUCUCGCGCUGUUCAGACAUGUGUAAGAGAGGCUCCGCCACAGGCUGUUGCAGACCGACCCCUCGAGCCGCUUCUACCAUCAAAUCACCACGCUGCGAUAUCGUAUCCUGCGCAGACAUGACCAGCCCCUGUCGCUGCGCAUGCUGUAACCGUACUUGCUCUUCCUGU